AUGAGGGCCGGAAGUAUUGCAGAUUCCUACGCUUCAACUGCGAGAGGAUCACCAGAAAAUGCAGAUGUAUUUGAAGGAACUCCAGGCAUUGAGACUCAAGUUGCAACGCCGCUAGAUAAGGCGUCGCUUCAAGAUUUAAAAGAUACCGAGCUGGAGAAUGUAGCGGCACCUGAAGCUCCUAAAAGGAGCUUUUUUUACUAUAUACUGAUAGUUACUCUUUGUUUUCCAGUCUCUCUGGGAGGCUUCUUGCCCGGUUGGGAUAGUGGUAUAACUUCUGGGUUUAUCAAUAUGGAAAACUUUAGAGAGAACUUUGGUUCGUACAGCCACACGACUGGACAGUAUUAUCUCAGUAACGUUAGGAUGGGUUUAUUGGUCGCUAUUUUCAGUGUUGGGUGUGCUUUGGGUGGAAUUUUGUUAGCCAAGCUGGGUGACAUAUUUGGUAGAAGACUUGCAAUUAUCAUGGUAGUAGUAAUAUACGUUGUCGGAGCAAUCAUCCAGAUUUCUGCAACAGGAAAAUGGUAUCAGUACUUUAUCGGGAAAAUUAUCUACGGCUUAGGGUGUGGUGGUUGCUCUGUUUUGUGCCCGAUGCUUUUAUCUGAAAUUGCACCAAAGGAUUUAAGAGGUGCGCUAGUCUCUAUGUAUCAGUUGAUGGUUACCCUUGGUAUAUUUUUGGGAUAUUGUGCUGGCUAUAGUACUAGAAACUAUAAAGACACUGCUCAAUGGAGAGUUCCAUUAGGAUUGUGCUUUGCAUGGGCAAUCAUUAUAUGUAUUGGAAUGCUAUUGAUACCAGAAUCGCCCAGAUAUCUAGCAGAAAAUGGAAGAAUAGAGGAAGCUCGUCGUGCCAUUGCCAGGUUGAGCAGGGUCCCAGUGGAGCACGAGUUUGUAGAGAGUGAAAUUGAUCAAAUCGUUCAAGGUAUUGAGAUCCAGAAAGCAAAUGGUGAGGCUUCGUGGGGUGAGCUUUUUUCAACCAAAUCAAAAAUUUUGCAACGUUUGAUUACAGGCUGUCUCGUCCAAUCUUUCUUACAGUUAACUGGUGAAAACUACUUUUUCUUUUAUGGGACCACGAUAUUUAAAUCUGUUGGCCUUACGGAUGGUUUUGAAACUUCAGUGAUCAUAGGAACGGUGAAUUUGUUUUCUACUAUCGUUGCAGUGUUUGUGGUCGAUAAACUUGGUCGUCGUAUGUGUCUGAUGUCGGGUGCAGGUGGUAUGUUGGUUUGCAUGGUCGUCUUUGCGAGUGUGGGUGUUACCAGACUAUAUCCAAACGGACAAGAUGCCCCAAGUUCAAAGGGUGCAGGAAAUUGUAUGAUUGUUUUUACAAUGUUCUAUAUAUUCUUCUUCGCAACAACUUGGGCUCCGGUGGCUUAUAUAGUGGUUGCAGAAUCAUUCCCCUCAAGGGUAAAAUCGAAGGGUAUGGCCAUUUCAACAGCAUUUAACUGGCUAUGGCAGUUUUUAAUUGGAUUUUUCACUCCAUUUAUAACAGACGCCAUUAAUUUUUACUACGGUUAUGUUUUCGUUGGUUGUUUGGUGGCAAUGUUUUUGUAUGUUUUCUUCUUCUUGCCAGAAACCAGCGGUCUAUCUUUGGAAGAUAUACAUGUAUUAUACGAAGAAGGUAUACCUCCAUGGAAAUCGGCUUCGUGGAUUCCUCCAAGUGAGCGCUUUAAUCACAUGGAGGUACAAAAAAAUGACGACAUUGAAUCGAAAAGGUGGAAUCCUUUCCACAAAAAGUGA